CACAAAGCAAGCAGCAUGCCUGGAUUGCAACUGCGGCGCUGGCAACCCAUUCUGGACCAGGCGGGGAGCUUCGAGGGAGUUUUGGAGGUGUCCUGAUUGAUGGUGUCGCUGCUCGCGGAGCUUUGACCACCACUAUAGAAGGCAGACGCGCUUUCGUGGACGGAGGUCCAGAAUGGCCCGGUGUUGCCGCCCCGCUUCUAGAUAUGGGUGGAGCCUCGAAACACAAGUAGAGGGAGUCUCGCAAAAGGCGGAGACACCAGUUGUUUUACUGCGCGAAGGAUGGACCAGAGGAGCACAACUGCAGCUUCUGCGGUGGUCAUGCAAAAGAGGUCUGCAAGUGGGUGCUCUGCGCAUGGUGGAACGUGAGGCUUUGGCAAAGCGCAAGGGGUUUCAUGGAACUGUGGGGAUGGGAGUUGCCCCUGUCGCUGGCAGUCGUCCGGUUGCUGUUCACAGCCUGUCCGAUACUUCCUCUGAUGAGGGGUUUCGAGCCGCUGUACAGGAGCUGUCUAAACCCCCAGCCGGCGCUACCAACGGCGCUCCCAGCCCGUCGUCUCCUGAUAGCGCCCCCUCUAGUUUCCCCGACUCAGUUCCUCUCCACCAAAGUGAGGACGACGCCAGUGUCUCCAGCAGAACGUUCACUGUUGAGAAGGGACAGUCUCGGACCGCCAGACUGAAUGGAGCUUCGGACGGUUCAGAUGAGGCGCGAUGGCAGUCGUCCCGGGGGGCGUCCAGCAGUGCUCCAAGAGACCCCUCUGAGAGAUGGGAGAGGGGCGUCGUACGGCAGCGGCGGACAGUGGUCGAUCGCUGGGUGUCUAGCGAUGAUGAAGAGGACUACCUUUCUAGGAGACCGGCACGCUAUGAAAAGUGGGACCGCAGUCUUGCCAGCGAGUACUCAAACGCGGAUCGCACUGAUUUCAGGGGGCGUCACAGGCCUUGGGUCCGGGGGGCCCGGGCCCCGGUUUCGGAACCUGCGGAGGUGACAGGUGGCGAAGAGGGGGAUGGACAGGUGGCCACGUUGCAGCGGCGCGUGCCGACAGAACUGUUGGCGAUUGUCAGGAAAAGAAGGGCGCUAGAAAAAGCGCAGCAGGAAGGGUUGGCGAGGGGAAAAGUUUCGGACGUGCUGAAACAAGCGUCCAAAUCCUUGGACGAAUUAGAAAAGGGAAAGGCGGCACAAACCGGAAGUGUGACGAUCCAGCUGGAAGGUGAUGCAUCUGAAGGAGGUGAGGGGGGGAUAUCGGGAGUGGAGGUGCAAUGGGGGAGGCGCUGGCGGAAGGCGCAAGAGCAUGGGUUGCAAAGGUCAUUGUCGCGGCAAGUAAUAAGACUCGCUCGGCGGAAGCAGCUUGAUAAGGUCUUUGCAGCAGUUGAAGAUGCAAGAACAAAGGGCCUGCAGCCGGAUCGCAAGACCCUGAACGCGGUCAUCGCGGCGUGCGCGCACUGCGGCGAUCCUGACCGGGCGCGCGACGUGUUUACUGAGAUGGUGGCGAAGGGUGGGCCCGGCGUGAACGAAAUCGCUUACGGCGCGCUCCUUAGGGCAUAUGGGGCUGCCGGGCGUGUCGAGGAGGCCCUCCGAUUGCUCUCUCUCAUGAGCUCCCCCACCGCCCCCGGCGCGCCCCAGGUUACGGACGUCCAUGUGGCGACCGUCCUGAACGCGUGUGCGGACGCCGGGGACUCGCUGCGCGCGCGGCAGCUGCUCGAGUCGAGGGGGACGCGGACAACGCUCGCGUACAACAUGCUGAUCAAGGCGCAUGCUAAGUCUGCCACUCCUCUGGGAGCGCUGCUGAUCGUCGACGAGAUGCGUGCGCACGGGCUGGCCCUGGACCGCAACACCUACAACAGUUUGAUUCUGGCCUGUGUGAAUGGGGACAACAUGCCCAGGGCGUGGGAGUUGCUCAAGGAGAUGAAGUCCCGUUCUAAGUUCCUGGAGAGCCUGCAACUAGCCCCCGACGCCGUCACGUAUACGACGCUUCUGCGCGGCGUUGCGCGCCCCGGCGCGCUCGCGACCGUCCUCCGCCUCGCCGAGGAGAUGCACACGUCAUCGCCCACGUGUCGGUUCGACCGGGUCGCGUACGGCGCGCUCUUGGACGCAUGCAUUAAAUGCGGGUCCCCCGACACCGCGGAAAGCGUUUUGGCCGAAAUGGAGGAACGCGGGCGCGAGGAUCCGAAACUGCGCCCGGGACCGUACGCGUUCCUGACGCUGAUGCGCGCGUUUGCGGCGGACGGGGAAUUAGAGCGGUGCGAGGAGCUGCGCGAGGCGAUGUUCAGCAGCCGGUGCGCCGGGUGGGCGACCGUCGCGCAGCGGCAGGAGGCGGACGAGCUGUGCCUCGAGGCGGCGGUCGCCUCAGGUUAUACCGGCCCCGCCAAGCGCCUGCUGCGCACCAUGAAGGCCGUCAAGGAGGGCCGCUCCCUCUCGCAGCGCGCCACCGCCGCGCUCGUCCGCUUAUACGCCUCCGAGGGCUUUCCGGCCCAAGACUCUUUCCGGCUGCAGCCCCUGAAGUUCCGGAAGGACGCCUCCCCAGCUGCGCGUGUGGUGACGAGAAGCCUUCCGGUUAUUCCGGAGCUGAUGUUUGUGACGGAAGACAAGGACUUGGGAGAGGUGGCGGUAUUGCUGGAGGAGACGCCGGUGGUGCUGGUGGUUCGUGGGCAACCGGCCGAAGGAGGGACGGAGUUUGUGGGGUAUCUGACCAAGGCGGAACUGCGAGGGGGGGAUCGCCAAGUAGCGGAGCUGAUGCGGCCGCUGGCCCCCCCGAUUGCGUUCGACGACCCCAUCUCUCACGCCGCCACGCUGCUGCUGCAAAGCUCGAGCGAGGUCCUUCUGGUUGUCGAAACGGAGCCCAGAAGCCGUUCGAGGGGGCAAGAAACGCAGCCAAGCAACCCCCCCGGAGGCAAAGCGCUGGCGACGGUAGUUGGGAUUGUGACACGUGGCCAGCUGUUUGAGGGGGUCUCUGAGGGCGGGGCGUCUUCCGGGUACCAGAGCGACGACGAGUCCGGUCUGGAGAUGAUCAAACAGGACUUGAGCAAGCGGGGGGCGGUGGUCUCCCCGCAUAAUCCGGAAGAGGUUCCGCGUAAUCCGGAAGAGGGGCGGGCGUUUCCCUGGAGGUCCCGUCUGGCACAGUUAUUCAGAAAGGGAGAAUUGAGCGAACUAGAAGGGGCGGAAAGCGAGGGGGAGAUGGCGGUGGAAGACGAUCUAGGGUUGGAAAUGAUCCGCCAAGACAUGAUGAAGUUGGACGGCGGUCCGGUCGGGAAGAAGAGCGGCGCGAAGAAGGACCAAAAGAGCAGGCGGGCGCUAUCGCGGCUGGCAUAUCUGGAAGGACUUGACCUCGACACGGAUGAUUUGCUCGGGGCAGACAAGAGGAAAAGCUGAUAAUAGUCUGUCCUAGGCUGCCUCGUUGUUAUGUUGAGAUGACUCCUGACUUUCAGUAGACGCGUUGUGCUUGACAGUUCGAGUCUUGUGAGAAAUCUUGAUGUGUUAUUUCAAUCGAGCAUGGUGCAACACGUCAUCUAACAGGAUAUCCGAUUGUUGAGGCCAGGCUACAAAGGACACAAGUAAGUCGCUGCUGAACCUGCACUUGGCA